ACCAGAUCAGGUGGAAAAUUUCGAUUUUCAUAUUUAUGCUUUGAAAACUCCGUUUACGAACCUUUACCUUGACGCAUUUGAUAUCAAUUUACAACUUGGCGGACACGGUUGUAAUUUGCUUCUCAUAUCCAUCAGAAACUGAACGAGCAGCAGAAACAGUUCGGAAAUCUGAAGAUCAGAAAGUUCGAAGAUGCGUGAAAUAGUUCACAUUCAAGCCGGCCAGUGCGGCAAUCAAAUAGGAGCAAAAUUUUGGGAAGUGAUAUCCGACGAACAUGGAAUAGAUGCAACCGGUGCAUAUUGCGGAGAUAGCGAUUUGCAACUAGAACGGAUUAACGUAUACUACAACGAAGCGACCGGCGGAAAAUACGUUCCCCGGGCCGUUCUUGUUGACCUGGAACCGGGUACAAUGGAUUCCGUACGGGCUGGACCAUUCGGGCAACUGUUUCGACCGGACAAUUUCAUUUUUGGACAGUCGGGAGCAGGAAACAACUGGGCCAAGGGGCACUACACUGAAGGCGCCGAACUGGUGGAUUCGGUACUAGAUGUGGUUCGUAAAGAAUCUGAGGGUUGCGAUUGCCUCCAAGGGUUUCAGCUUACACACUCGCUCGGUGGUGGGACUGGAUCAGGCAUGGGAACGCUUCUGAUCUCGAAAAUUCGAGAGGAAUACCCAGAUCGCAUCAUGAACACAUUCUCAGUCGUUCCAUCGCCGAAAGUUUCCGACACGGUCGUAGAGCCAUACAACGCUACCCUUAGCGUGCACCAGCUGGUGGAAAAUACAGACGAAUCAUACUGUAUUGAUAACGAAGCCUUGUACGAUAUCUGCUUUCGAACGCUGAAGCUCACCACCCCAACCUACGGAGAUUUGAACCAUUUGGUUUCGGCCACCAUGUCCGGUGUUACCACCUGCCUUCGCUUCCCUGGUCAGCUAAACGCGGAUCUUCGGAAAUUGGCAGUGAACAUGGUUCCCUUUCCGAGGUUACACUUCUUUAUGACUGGGUUCGCACCGCUAACUUCUCGAGGAUCUCAACAGUAUCGGGCUCUCACCGUACCCGAGCUUACGCAGCAGAUGUUCGACGCUAAGAACAUGAUGGUUGCAUGUGAUCCCCGACAUGGACGUUAUCUCACUGUUGCGGCGAUUUUUCGCGGUCGCAUGUCGAUGAAGGAAGUCGACGAACAAAUGUUGAACGUUCAAAGCAAAAACAGUAGCUACUUUGUGGAGUGGAUUCCGAACAAUGUAAAGACGGCAGUAUGCGAUAUUCCACCACGCGGUCUAAAGAUGUCAUCGACAUUCAUCGGUAACUCGACAGCGAUUCAGGAGAUCUUUAAACGAAUCGCUGAACAAUUUACGGCAAUGUUCCGGAGAAAGGCUUUCUUACAUUGGUACACUGGCGAGGGAAUGGAUGAAAUGGAGUUCACGGAAGCGGAAAGUAACAUGAACGAUUUGGUUUCCGAGUACCAGCAGUACCAGGAGGCAACCGCCGACGAGGAAGGAGAGUUUGAUGAGGAAGAAGAGGGAGGUGACGAAUGAAAUGGUUGAAAUUGUCUAUAUUUGUUCUAUAAUAUGAGUUGAAAAUAAUCGUAUUGUUACACGAUCAAGCAAUAUGGCUAUUAUAAAGAA